GCAUACUGCUACAACAGUUCUAAAUUUUACUCAGUUCGUUUUAAAUUUUUUAUCGGGAAUGUUCACAUUUUUGUAGUUAUAGAUAGAAAUGUUUAAACCGUUUGUCUUUAAAUAAGCGAAACAGAAAGAGCGGAAAGUGCGGAUAAAAGUCACUUCUGUGCAAAACGGGGAAAAACGGAAAGAUUCGCAAAAGAUAAAUGAGAAUUUUAACUUCUACACAGAAGUAGAGCCGACAGAAAAAAAAACUGUUCUAUUGGAAGAAGCAAAAAGACGGAUUACCAGUGAUACUACGAGAGCUGUGAAAAUUAACAGAAUUUUAUUAGCUAAUAACCAAUUUUAAAAUAAGGGGUCAACUAUCGAUUUUUUGCAUCAUAGUUUGAGUGCUGCAGAACCUUGAAGUCGGACCGUCUCGGGCUCUCGGAAAACUUCGAUUAUAGUCCGUUUUUUUCUACUCUAACCAGCAGAGCGUCUCGCUUAAUCACAAAACAGCAGCAAAAUGUCUACCGUCGACAAGGAGGAGUUGGUACAGAAGGCCAAACUGGCCGAACAGUCGGAACGAUAUGACGAUAUGGCACAAGCGAUGAAAUCAGUGACAGAAACCGGCGUAGAACUAUCAAAUGAAGAACGAAACCUGCUGUCUGUCGCCUAUAAGAAUGUUGUCGGUGCACGAAGAUCGUCAUGGCGAGUAAUAUCGUCCAUCGAGCAGAAAACCGAAUCCUCCGCCCGCAAACAGCAACUGGCCCGGGAAUACAGAGAACGAGUCGAGAAGGAGCUUAGGGAAAUCUGUUACGAAGUAUUGGGCCUGCUGGACAAAUUCUUGAUCCCCAAAGCGAGUAAUCCAGAAAGUAAGGUAUUUUACCUCAAAAUGAAGGGCGAUUACUACAGAUACCUAGCCGAGGUAGCCACAGGAGAAACCCGCAACACCGUAGUAGACGAUUCCCAAGCCGCUUACCAGGAUGCCUUUGAAAUUAGUAAAGGCAAAAUGCAGCCAACACAUCCCAUCCGAUUGGGUCUCGCGCUCAAUUUCUCAGUCUUCUAUUACGAGAUCCUAAAUUCUCCAGAUAAAGCCUGCCAGCUGGCGAAACAGGCGUUCGAUGACGCAAUUGCGGAACUGGACACGCUGAACGAGGAUUCCUACAAAGACUCCACCCUGAUCAUGCAGUUGCUGAGGGAUAACCUCACCCUGUGGACCUCGGACACUCAAGGGGACGGUGAUGAACCACAGGAAGGUGGCGAUAAUUAACCAAACUAAAAUUAAUGAGAAACAAAAAAAACACACACACUUAAAUAUAAUAGAAAUUCCUUUUGACUAAUUAAUUAAAAAAGAAAAACAAGACAAAGAAAAAACGCAAAAACAAAUGCAAAAAUCAUUUCUUUAAGAAAUCGCUAAACACACUUUGUGAAGUUUGUCUUAAAGGAAAAAGAGAGAAAACAAAUACAUGUUUGUAUGUAUGUUCUAUUUAUCCCCCUCCCCCUAUAAUUGUUUCCAUUUGGGAAACAUCCGAAAAGUUUAAGCUUCGUUAAUAGAUAGUUUCACUACACAGAAAAUUGUUAUUCUUUUUAUUUGUUUUAUUUUUCACAUGAGCCGCGAAACAACUUAGUCGCUUGUAAUUUACCAGAUAUGAACAAAGCAUUAGAAAAUGGGAUUCAUUUUUGGCAGUCUCGCGCAGUCAGACAGCAGAGCAGCACAUUUACGGUGUGCGAAAAAAAAUCUGGAACACGUUUUCAGCAGUGUGUUCGUCUUUUUUUUUGAAAAUAAUUUUCUGGAAUUUCUCGACUUUUUAAAAUGUUCACUUCGAAACAUACGUUCCACAAAACAUAAUAUAAACCGAAUUGUAUUAUUCUAACGCCCCUGUGUCCCCCUUUAUACGAAGAAUAAACUAAGUCAAGGAGAAGGAAGAGAAAAACUUCUAUAAGUGUAUACCAUCCCCCCCCAUUUGAAGUCUUUGUGAUUCACUCUGGAACGCAUGCGCACCUUUUAGGACGGCGAACGUGCGUUCUGCGUUUUCCCAACUUUUUACCAAUGAAGAAGAGAUACUCUUAACUGUAUUUGCCAACAAUUUAACAGCAUUGUCUUUUUACGCAUUCAUCAAAGAGAAAACAAUUUAAAACGGAAGAAGAACUACUACGAUACCGCCGAAUUAAGAACUCACGAGAUAGACGGCGGAAGUAGGAAACCAUUAAUCAAGAGGAAGAACAGAACAUCUAACAUCGUUCUACGUAAAAAUCAACAUCAUAUGGAAAUUAUUACUCUAAAAAACAGCAGGAGAACACAUAACGCGCAUAAUGUAAGAAUUAAAGUUUUUAUUAAAAGGCAGAGAAAAAAAAUCGAAAAACAUCAAUUUUUGUGAGGAAACAUGGCUAAGAAUGCUACCUACACAUUCUGUGGAGAAUUGUAACAAGAAUUUUUUAAUUUAUGGCGUUCACAAGAAAUACACACUCACGAUUUUUCAUGUAUUAUAACAACAAACAACUAUGGAAAACAGCUAAAUAAAAGCAGGAACAACAUUAACUGUGUCCACAAUAACUGAAGAAAAAAUAAUUCUUGUCAAACCGAGUUUUCCUUCAACCUUCCAUCCGACAGAAACGGGCGGCGGCACCGGAUUGGCCUCUGUAAUGUUGUGUAACAAUGCGAAUGUCCUUUAUGUGUUGUAUUCCGUAUGAAAAUCGAGACGAUGCCUUUUGCUUGUGAACGGUUCUCACGUUUUUUUCUACUUCGGGAGCUCCGAAACGGAUGCGGCCAGUGAUUUCCAGCCACAGAACGGAAUGCCAUAUUAUACAAAACAUAAGAACAUUUAUUCACCUGGUGAGAGUGAAUGUAGUCAAUUGGCAACUAUAUUGCUUCGCAGAAUUUAUCUUAAUGCAGCAAAACCGAUUUCGGUUAGGUGACUUGCUGGUUGUUGCAGGAACAGAAGAAAAAAUCGCCGCAGCAGAGCAAGUAGAGGAAAUGUUAACAAACCUAUUGUAUAGUUCCUCAAGUGCAGCAAAGCAUGUUGCAAGUUAUUUAUUUACAAUUUUAAUGGUCAUUCGUUGUUCGCUUUAUUUUAUACUUAGAAACUACUUCAUUCGCGCUGAAAACACAACGAGAGCGCCACAACAAUUCUCAUUUGAGUGAACUCUUCGGAUAAAGACCGUGUUCAAGAAAAAGUUGUCCAUGUUUCGAAAAGUUGAAAUACUGCUAAACAAAAUAUAGAGGAACCCAAAUAACAUUAUAUUUACAUAAACAUUGCUACUGUUAUAAUUGGAGCCAGCAGUUUUGAUUUUCAUUGCAUUAUACGCAAGCGUUUUGAGAAGCUAAAAGACGACUGAGAAGGAGAAACAUCAGCAAAUUUGAAGCAAAUGAAGAUCGGUAAAACUUUCGAAGAACCAGCAGUAAAUGUAAUGAACACACACACAAAAUAAAUGAGAAAAAGAAUCAAAAAUACUCAUCUUCGUUUUUUGGUAAAUAUCGCUGUUUCCAUUCAUUGGUUGUACCGUAUUAAGCAAAAGAAGGUAUUGUAAAUUAAACCGCUCUGAUCUGAGAGUAAAAAUCUUGAAUAAAGAAACAAAAAACCGA